AAACUAUUCAAUAUGGAGGCCGCGGUCAACAAGCUGGAAGCGAUGCAACAAAACUGAUUAAAGAAGACAAAUGAGCUCCGGUGCAUCUUGUCCGACGGCAAUUCUUCUUCACCCCUCCCAAUAUUCCAGAAGGCAGAGUCUGACCUGGAUUAUAUCGAGCAUAAACUAGAGUUUGAAAUAGUGAAAAAUCUUCCUCAGAGUACACCGACACAGGAAAAUCCAGUAAAACUGCUGGAGCAACUGAGGGUAAUAAAAUCUCAUUAUCAUGAGUUAUCUGUGGAAGCAGAUCAGAUAGCCAGUGAACAAAAAGAAGCUGUGGAUUUCAUCCGUUCACAUCUUGCUACCACAUUGCGUUUAGUCCAGAAACUGCGGGAACAGAGCGACCUCAAGUCUUGUCCACUGACUGAGAACGAGCAAUGGGCCAUGCAGAAGGUUCUGAAAUCUGAGGUUUUGACUGAAGCAGGACCCAGUGAGGAGCCUUGUGCAAAGCCUCCAGUACCACAACAGGCGGAAGCUGAGUUUGAACCGAUCACUGAGAAGAUGUUCAUGUCUGUACCAAAAAGCGUGAGGCUGACUGUGAAGCUUGCUGACUUGAACGCGUUUUAUCAACAACUCUUUGACCACUUCAUAAGGAACAAAAAUAGGACAGGCUUGCUCGCAUUUGAAGGGAGUGAUCUCAGACUAGGGUGUGGAGUGGCUGAAAUUAAGGUCCUCGCUCCCUGUGAGAACCGAGCCAUCAAACUGACCUUGAAGGAUGUAGACAUGCCUGCGAUGAUGGCACCCUGGAAAAUGCCUGAGGGGGUAUCCACAAGCCAGGGACUCAGCCCCAGCCCCAACAACACUUUGGAACACAAACAGAGCACCAUAGAAGACCCGUCACAGCGCUCACCCAUACUCUCCAGCAGUGUGGAGACACGCACCUCUGUGGGACCUCGUUCUAGAGCAGCCUCGGUUACAAUCUGUUCUGCGCUAAGUGUGAUACAGAUGAAUAAGCUCAACAUGAAAGCAACCGAAUCCAAGUUAAAAACAUUGAAAGCUCUUGAAAUCCUUCAACUAGACAAAAAGGGACGAGUUCGGCUCUUCAUGCAAUGUCCUAAAUGCUGAGUGUUUUCUACCAGAGCGGACUGUCCCAAUUGGACCUUGUAUAAAUUCCAGACGGCAGUAACCCCCUUUCUGUAGCUCUGUCCGGUUCAGAGGUCUCCAAGUUUUAAGAUGUAAGUUCAAAGAUCUUUGGACCAGUGAAUUUAAAACUAGGGAGGACGCAAUCUGGAAACUGCAGCUGUUGAGAUGUUUUAACAUCAUAAGUCAAGCAUCAAUGGUUAGCUGCGUUCAGUUGAAUGACCUACCUACUGUGCAUCGCUCAACUAUUAAUUCAGAGACAGUGCUGGUACAGGUGACUGGUUCCCAAGAUUCACCUUAAUCAGCAACAGAAUCAUGCACCAUAUUUUCUUGUCUUUUCAGUGCUGUUGGUUCCUGGAAUCUAGAUUGUUUACAAUAGGGAGUGUGACUGAUGGAGGGAGAUAGGUGAAGUUGCCACCUGUCAUGUCAAAUCACCUAGAAAAAUGUAAAGCGAGUUGCAGUACAAAGUGGUGGGAUGUGGGUUUGUACCUGUAAAUUAUUCCAUUGUCCACUCCACUCAAACUCAGACAUGGUUGGUCUAGACCAUGGGAAGAUGCUGCGUACAGUGCCUCUACACGGACCACAGAAACUGUUUCCCUUUGAGUAGCUGUUGUUCACCUUGUAAUGGUCAGCUCCGUAGCAUUUGUAGAGCCCUUUCAGAAAGUUCUAUCCUUGUCAUUGGAAAUAACUUUUAAAAAAUUUUAAAACUCAUUAGAUGCAACAACUGUACCAAUUAUCAUCUUUUGGUAAUUUAGGUGUGUGGAGAGAUUAUAUAAUAUUUUAACUUUGUCACUUCCUAGUUCAUCAAAUGCCAUGCACAAUCAAAUUUAUGCUUCCAUUGUUCUUUGUCUGGACUGAGCUGAAGAAAAUGUGAAAUUUGGAAAAAGUGAAGUACAAUCAGUUUCUGAAGCUUCUUAAAUUGUAUAUUUGAUUUUCCUGUAACCAACAGAGGAGAUGAACUCAAGAUUUGCUUAAUGCUUACUUUUUGUUUGUCUUUCAAGGUGAACAAAUUCUUUGGACUACACUGAUUUUGUUUUUUUUUGUAUAAUUGCAUGGAUAUAUGAGGUAACAAUGUUCUAGCAUUUCAUGCAUGAAAGGGUAUUUUGUGGUUAGUUUGUUAGAUCUUGUCAAUUUUUGGUGUUGAAUAAAGUGAAAUGAGGUUGUAAUGGGUUUUCUUCCUUGCUUGUGCGGCCUUGGUUAGGGAUGAUUGCACUGGGGAAUUGAACAUUCUCCUUUUUGAAUUUGGCUGCAUUGUUUGUACAGUCCCGAGUUGAAUUAAUUAUAGAGCAGUGGUAAUGGAAAAUCCCAUGCUGACCCAAUUUUAGACCAAAUUUAUAUUUAGCCCCUAGUGAAGUGGGGGAAGAGCAACAGUGAGGAAUACAAUGAUAGGAUGUGGGUUUACAGCCACAAUUCAGUAUAGGGAUAAUUCCCCAUCUUGUACUGGUAAAUAUUGGUGAGAUGGUACCAUGCAGAGUUACAGCAUUUCCUUGAUGGAAUCAGUUGCCGCACAUUCCACUGAAACCCCAUAUUUCACUUGUAUCUUUUUGUUUUUCUCAUCAGUAUUAUUUGAUUGUCUAUUAAACUGUGCGUACUUAUUCUCCAUUCUUCUGUCCUCCCUCAUCAGUGGCUUCGUGAGUGGUUUCUGCAGUCUGUAGCAUCAUUUUAUGUAUUGUGCAGAUGAACAUCCAGAUUACUACAGUUAAAUGUUGAUGGAGGGAGGGAUGUGGGUUGCAUUCUCAUACAUCCAACAUAAAUGAAAUGCCCAAAGGACUGACUAGUCCAUAUUAUACACCGUAACUUUUUAAAAGACUAACUUGCUGGCCAGAGGAUUAAGUUUUAUGUGGAACAGCUUGAUCUCAAAUUCACAAAAUGCCUUUUUGAAAUGUAGGGUCACUCCAGUGAAAUUCAUGUCCCAGCUCCCAAAACCAUUAGCAGGAUAACUCCCAACAUCUUUUAAGUGCAUCUUGGAAAGAUAGUGUGCGAUAUAGUAAUAAGAAAAUAACCAAUUGGAAAACCGACUAGAAGUAAAGAUGAGCCAAUGAAAAGGAAGAAACAACAUAGGAACAGCAUUAGCCCAUUCAGCCCCUCAAGUUUGUUCUGUUUGUUUACAUCAUGAUUGCUCUGCUUUUACUGCAUUUACCUGCCUUAAUGUCCUGGGGGUGGGGGGGAUUCCAGAGUGCCACCCUUCUUUAUGUCAUUGGGUAAAUUAGGGGUGGGGGGUAAAGGAAAAAGCUCUUAUUGUUUUCACCCUAAUGUAUGUUGUAUUAUUCUGGAUUCCCCAUCAGAGGAAAGUUCCUCUAUCUACCCCAUCGAAUCCCUUUUAACAUCUUAACGACCUCUGUUACAUCAGUUUUCAUUUGCAACAUAAAUGACAUUAUGCUGUUAUCUACAUUGCUGAUUUCUGAUCGAGUUUCACUAACCUAUGAUGCCAUUUGUAAUCUGGACCAAGCAUCAUGUUUAAACAAUCAUAUUUGUUUUAUUAUGCUUGGUGAUAAUUGAACUUUUUGUAUUAGGAUUUUGGGGAUACAGUAUCCUUGGAUUAUGAGGUGUGCUAUAUAUUUUCUUGAGCUGCAAUUCCUUUGCUUGUGGAAUUUAACAUCAAGUGCUAGUUUAUUCCAAGAUGAUGACCCUGCCAAAACAAAUCACAGGUGAAAUAUUGCAGUAAAAUAAUUCCUGGAGAUCAGGGUUGGUACUUGCCCUUUUAAUCAAUUCCCUUAUGAUACACUGUGGAACUGGUGUGUUUGACAAUGUCCAGGUGUCAUGUACCCUCAUGUUAACUCUGUUUUUCCUUCCUCCACUCACUCAUUUGUAAGUUUGAUUAUUUAAUUUCCAGUGUACUAAUAACUGUUUAUCAAAAUACUUUGUUGUAGAUAUUUUCCUUAAAAUUUAAAAACGCUACUAAAUAUGUGUGGGCUAUUGUUUGUGUUGUUGUAUGGUAUGACUGCAGUUACACUGUGUAAAGCGCAAUGGAACUUUCCCCGUCACUGAUGCUGUUUGGUGGAUAACUGUCAUGUGUGCAGACUUUUUAAACCUGCAGAGUAAGAGCUACUGUGCUAUGGGUAUAAAAGCUCAUUUUUCUGUAACAGCAGAUUUACAGUAAGUGAGUUGAAGGUGUUCCACUGGGUGACAAAUUUGCAUUUUGACAUGUGCGGACACCUUCACCUGCUAAUGGAAGCCAAGAAAAUAAAGAAUAGAGAUGGAGGCAUUACACACCAUUCCAUGAAACAACUUGUUGCUUCUUGGCUUGUGUGUCUUUUUGGCAGAAAGCCAUACCUGUGAGGCUGAUUCCAGUUUGCUCUCUGGAUCUGAUUUCUAUUGGAACUCUCCUCGCUAAGGCUACCUGAAGACGUAAGAAAUAAACAGCAGUUGAUAAAGUUGCACACUAGAAGUUACACCACUCCUUGGCUUGUGCACAGUUCAAAUUGCACAUGGCUGCUGAUGAGGGGUGAUCUCAAUUGAAUUUGACCAAUAAUCUACCUUUGCACUGAACUAGAAUAGUUUAAAAGCAAAAUACAUUCACUGAGCAUUCGAUUCCACUUAAUGUAGUGAUGAAGGCUACAGUGUAAUAUUCUGGAGGGGUGUUAUUAAAUCCCAGUUCACAACUCACUAAAACUUCAGAGAAGAAUGAGGAUUAGGUCAGCUAUUAACAGUGAUAAAUUAUUCUGCAUUUUAAAUUCCUUCACUAGUCAUAGGUGUCAGAGGCAAAGGUCAAUAUUUGUUGUCUUUAACUUGAGUUGGCUUGCUAGGCCUUUUCAGAGGGCAGUCAAGAGUCCACAUUGCUGUGGGUCUGGGGUCACAUGUUGGCCAGGCUUGCGGGGGUGCUGGUGGUAACAUUGUAGAUUUCAUUCCCUAAAGAGUAUUAGUAAUCAAAUGGGUUUUCUGACAAUCUGAUAGUUGUAUGGUCACCAUUACUGAUAAUAGCUUUCCCAGCUUUUUUGUUAACUGAAUUUAAGUUUCCCAGCUGCUGUGGUGGGAUUUGAAUUUAUCUCCAGAUAAUUAGUACAGGCCUCUGGAUUGCUAGUCCAGUAACAUGAUCAAUAUGCUGACAUUCCAAGUAUUUAUCAUGCUUGAUUUGUGGUAGCUGCUAUAUAUAAAUACAGAUUACCUACCAGCAAUGAAUUUUUAAAUCCUUUAACUAUCCUGCCAUGAAAUGGAUUUAUAUUCAUGUUAUAUCAUGUAUCUCUGUUUACAGAUCCAGUAAUGUAUUCAGUUGACUAUUUUUGAAUAUUAAAAAAUAACUAAUGUUGGAAAAUAA